CGUCGCGUCACUGGAUUGCUUUUUGCCGGAGUUGAGUUGAACAGUAUUGAGUACCUGGCGGGAUGUAGCUUUUGAUGAAAACCUCAUCUAUAACACGUUUAUACGCGUUUGAAAAGGAACUACGACUGUGGUUAGUAUAUUUGUCUGUCAUUUAACAAAAAAAAAAAAGAAAAGAAAAAAAAAAAAGAUUUGACGCACAUUUGGCGCAUUUUCAUCCACUUUCCUGAAAAACAAAAAAGAAUCUAGGAUGAUUUUGUCCUUUUUUCCCAUUUCCAAAUGAUUCUGGUGGUCUUGGAUAGGAUGUGAUAUACGAAUAUUUGCCUUUGCCAACGCACGAGGCUCCUCUAUCAAGGCAUUCCGUGGGACAUAAUCACAUUUCAAGGAAAUAAGCAUCUUGAAAUCCGCACUGGGCUGUGAGUAGAAAUCUAAUCAGAUCGGGUGCGUAAAGGAGGAAGAAAAGUUCCGUUUUAAACCAUGACUGUGGAAUAAGGACAUCACCGGUCUGUUGAAGAUUGGGAUGUAGAAGAAGAUGCAGAGAAUGGUCCAUCUCAGGGAUAAAACCCAUCUAGAUGCGUAUUGGAUGAAUGUGAAACCCCAAAUCGUUGUUGUUAAACGCCAACAAUGAAUGGCAAAACCAGUAAGACGACGAAUUAAUUGAUUUAUCAGCAGGAAAAAUACUUGGUACACCGGAUUUUGGUGAUGCGGGGCAAGAAAGCAUCGAUAUAUUUGUUAUAGGGGCACUCGUCCAUAUGAUGGCACUGGCAGGAAGACCGAAUGGAUAUACAGGAGCGAAUUACUUCUCAUAGAAGCUUGUGAAUGCAAAACUGCUCUUGGAUAGCUUGGAUAGCCCAAAGUACAUGCUGAAGAACAUUUUAUUCGCAUCGCGCGUCGUUGCUCGAGAAUUGCAGAUGGAUUUUCGUGCUUUGGAAGCGAACGGAACGGUGAUUUUGCCUGCAAUUUGAACCUCACAGAUUUGAGAAAUUUGGCCUAAUAAAACCCUUCCCAAAGAGUGGAGAACCUGUCAGCGAAUUAUGAAUGAUAAACAAGAUGACCUCCUCCCUGAUGCAGCAGACGAUGAGAGGUCCUAGGUGGAACCGGGCCCUGUCCGACCCAUUGUUCGUGCUGUCGCUGGCCCUGCAGCUUCUGGUGGUGGCAGGCCUGGUACGAGCACAGACAUGCCCCUCUGUCUGCUCUUGUAGCAACCAGUUCAGCAAGGUCAUCUGUACGCGACGUGGCCUUCGUGAUGUACCCGAUGGUAUUUCCACCAACACAAGGUACCUGAACCUUCAGGAGAACCUCAUCCAGGUGAUCAAGGUUGACAGCUUCAAGCAUCUAAGGCACUUGGAGAUCCUGCAGCUCAGCAAGAACAACAUCCGCAACAUUGAAAUCGGAGCUUUCAAUGGGCUGGCCAACCUCAACACUCUAGAGCUCUUCGAAAAUCGUCUAACCACAAUCCCCAAUGGGGCUUUCGAGUACCUGUCCAAACUUAAAGAGCUUUGGUUGAGGAAUAACCCUAUCGAGAGUAUACCCUCUUAUGCCUUCAACCGUGUACCAUCACUGCGAAGGCUGGACUUGGGUGAGCUGAAAAGGCUCUCUUAUAUCUCAGAAGGUGCCUUUGAAGGCCUCAGCAACCUGCGGUACCUGAACCUGGGCAUGUGCAACUUGAAGGAGAUCCCCAACCUCAUUCCUCUUGUCCGUUUGGAUGAGUUGGAGAUGUCAGGAAACCAGCUGUCUAUAGUUAAGCCAGGGUCUUUCAAAGGCCUCGUCCACUUACAAAAACUGUGGAUGAUGCAUGCGCAGAUCCAGACAAUUGAAAGAAAUGCCUUUGAUGAUCUUCAGUCCCUUGUGGAGCUCAAUUUGGCCCACAAUAACCUUACCCUCCUGCCCCAUGACCUCUUCACCCCACUACACCACUUGGAGAGGGUGCACUUGCAUCACAACCCCUGGAACUGCAACUGUGACAUCCUCUGGCUCAGUUGGUGGCUAAAGGAGAUGGUACCGGCCAAUACCAGUUGCUGUGCCCGCUGUGCAUCACCUACCAGCCACAAAGGGCGCUACAUUGGUGAACUCGACCAGAAUUAUUUUAAUUGUUAUGCACCGGUGAUCGUGGAGCCACCAGCAGACUUGAACGUGACUGAGGGCAUGGCAGCAGAACUCAAAUGUCGAGCGAAUUCUUUGACCUCAGUCAGCUGGAUCACGCCCAAUGGGUCCAUCAUGACGCACGGGGCGUACAAGGUACGCAUUUCCGUGCUCAAUGAUGGGACUUUAAACUUUACCAACGUCACAAUGCAGGACAUGGGAACGUACACUUGUAUGGUGAGCAACUCUGCAGGCAACACGACAGCCUCGGCUACACUCAACGUGUCCUCGACAGAGAACAGCAGCUUCAGUUACUUCACUACAGUUACCGUGGAGACCACAGAAGCGGCACACGAUGAGGGCAACCCUACAGUACAGCCGAAGGGUGGCCCUACUCCUUCUUCUGGAAUUUGGGAGACCUUACCACCUUCCUUCACCACCACCACCACCACAACAGCACGGACACCACUGUCCACCAAGGCUACCGACAAGACCUACACCAUCCCUGUCACUGAUGGCUCCCUCAACACCUUGGAUGAGGUCAUGAAGACCACAAAGAUCAUCAUAGGUUGCUUUGUAGCCAUCACCCUGAUGGCGGCCGUCAUGCUGAUCAUAUUUUAUAAAAUGCGCAAACAGCAUCACCAGCAGAACCACCAUGCACCUACGCGAACCAUCGAGAUUAUCAACAUGGACGAGGAUUGUGUAACGGGUGGACCUACCAUGGAGGGCCACCUCACCCUCCCCCCACUGGAGCAUGAGCACCUGAAUCAUUACAACGCCUACAAGACUGCGUACAACCAUGCCUCCACUAUCAAUUCUAUACACAGCUCUGCCCACGAACCUUUGCUAAUUCGGGCCAGCUCAAAAGACAAUGUACAAGAAACCCAGAUCUGAACUGCUUUUCAUAAUGUGGAUUAAACGAAGAAAAAAAAAGACUUCUAAAUCUCUUAAGAAACAAUAAGUGACAUCGAUUUUGAAGAUUGUCAGAAACAAAGACACAGUAGCCCGAUGCAAGACGUAUGAGAAGGAUGUGGACUAGUAGAAAAGGACAUUGGGAGUUGAGUGUACGUCAACAGUUUCAAAAGUGUCUUUACAUAACAGAAGUUAUUUAUUUAAGGAAAAUAACUAUUGUGGUUUAAUCAAGAAAAGAUGUAAUCUGCAAUUAUUUUUUCCAGCAAUUAUUUUGCCAUGCUUUUUAAUGUUAUUUUAAGGGUUGUUGGUUUACUAAUAUGCUUUUAAACUCUGUUUAAAUCUAUUGCUCUGUAUGUGAGGACCCAAGUCAUUUAAAGAUGAAUCUGAAACUUAUCAUCUUUCUGAAAUCUCAAGAUUCACAUUUAAUGGUGAUACUUUUAAAAUCUUAGGUUACAGAAAACUUCCACGCCAUAAUUGCUCCACUCUCCUCAAUUACUGAUAUUUGGCAAUAUCACAUUAUUUAGUUAUUCGUGCUGAAAACAAGGCUUUUUAAAUCAUAUUAGGCCAGUUUGCUGGUCAUAGUUGGCCUCCUAGCCUGUUCAGGUCCGUCUGUUGGCUGAUUUUAGAGUGUUUUUGGGCACUUUAACUGGACAGGCUGGAAGACGAGCUUAAAACAGCAUUUUUUUUUUUUUUUCAACAGGGAUGGCUGCUACAAAUUAGAUGCAGAUAUUCACCUGGCUUCUCCACCCGAAAAUUUAGAACAAGGAGCCCUGGAAACGUGUCCCCAUUUAAAACCAGGCCAAAUGUCAGGAACACUUGUCUAUUUGAUGCAUGCAGGGCAAUUUCAAAUAAUUUCUGUGGUUAGACCAGAAGAUUUAUGGAUUAAAGUUAGCAUUUUGGGAUGGGCCACAUGCUCUUAAAUACAUGUUGAGGCAUCUCAAGCCUUUUUUCUCUCUUUCUUUCUUUUUCUGCAUUUUCAUUCUCAUAUAACAUAACAUUUUGUGUUCCAAUGGCAUUUCAUCCUUGAUACCGUACUUAAGUUUCCCAAUACUCAUACACAGAUGCAGCACGCUCAUUCUAUGCCAAAUUCUAUAUGGGCAGGGGGCUGAAGAUUGUAGGCCUUUAUUUGAAGGCUGGCAGAGUGAAAAUGUGGCAAAAGCAUAGAGCUGGUACUGACGUAGCACCAUUUCCAUUUCAAUCCAUUUGUCUUGGUGCUCACCAUGGAUACAGUUGAAUGAAUUCAUUCUGGAAUGGUCUAAAAGCCGGGCAUUGAACCUUAAAUAAGUGGGCAAGGUCAGUGCAGCUCAGAUCUAAAGCUUCCAAAGAUGCCACAGGUGUGUCUUUAUAGACUGUGAACCAAUUGUGUUUAUUCCCCCCCUCACUAUUUCUCUUUUUUUUUCUGGAUUUCUUUUAUAUUCUAUCUUCCCUCAUUCUGCACUGUCAAUCUUUUUAGACAGUUCUGCAAUUCUUUUUAAACUUUUAAAUCAAACAUUUUUAAAUCAUCAAAUCAUUCACUUUAGUUUAUUUUCAUUACAGACUGAGGAUGUUACAUCCAUCUUCGGCUUUACACACGCAGUAGCCUUUGGCUGCAGGGGGAAUGAGUUGACAUUAAUUUAUGAAAUCAGAAUGGAGGAGACGGUCACUAUAGCAACUAAUGACCUUGGACAGGGUGGGGGGUGCGGUGCAGGGGGUAGACGACAGACAUUGGUUUGACACUUUAAAUGUAUUCAGAGUCAAAUGGUAGAGCAAGGCUGGGUGAAAGAGCCAAAGUGGACUCAUUUGAAGUGCAUCAUUUUAAAUAUAAAGCAAUCUAGAGGUCUAUAGGUAAUAUGAAUUAAACCAAUAAAAAUGAGACAUUUUAUUCAGAUUCGUAGCAUUUCGUUUUGGCCGUUCAUAAUUCAGGGGACUGACAAGGAGAUUUUUCUUUUGCAUUUCUGGUCUUAAUACAGAUGCCAAAUGAUACCAUGUGGCAUUUGGUUAACUUUUCCGUAUCAUAUUUUGAUCACACAGCAGAUGCACUCUAAUUUUUAAAGAUCUGAUGCAAUUAUGCUUGUCAGCUUUGCUAUUUCAGAUCAUAUCGAAAAAGUUUUUGAGAGUACCUCCUGCCCACUAGAAGCAAAGGCCUUCUGGUACAUUUUCUAAUCAAAAUAUCAAAGCUUGCAAAAAAAGACUGUUCUUCAUCUGAAUAUGCUGCUCUUUAAAAUCGUAAUUCAUGUACUUGUCUUUCUGAAUUUAGUUUGCAUUGUCAUUGAAACUGAUGUCAACCUCAACAUAAAGCGAAAAAAUGUUUUAUCAUCAAAAAGAGUUCAGCACAAAAGUAAACCAAGUCAUUGGGUUUUCAGUUGCAUUCUAUUUAUUUUAAGAACUUGAAUCAUUGUCUUAAAUUGUCAUAUUUUUUUAAAAAGGUAUUUGUCGUUUUAUAUAAUAUUAUUAAUUUUCUUAUAAUUUUUGUGAUUUUUUUUUGUUGUUGUUGUUUGUUUGUUUAGUCCCAUCAUGCAUCUGUGUUUUGGGUUUCAGUUUAGGAGUGAACGGGAUGCUUUUCUCUCCGUUUUACGUAACUUCUUUCUUUUCGUCUCUGAGAGGGAAUGCUGUUCUAGUGGUAGAUUUCUAUAAAAAUAAAUUUUGAAAAUAAAAAAUAAAAAAACAAAAAAAACAAAAAAAAAAAACUUUUUAAAUUUUAAUUUUACAUGUGCCAACCUGUUCUAAAAAAGAGAGAGAGAGAGAGAUGCUGUAAAAGACAACUGGAUUGAUUUUCAUGUAAACAUUAUUUCAUGACCUUUAAAAAAAGAUGGAAAUCGAUUAUAGAAAUCAGAGUUUGUAGUUCAUACACAAGAUAAGGUUACAAAUAAACUAUCAUUGUCUUUUCUUUAUCGUCUCAUUAGUUUUCUUUCACUAAGGUUUAUUGUGUCAAAAUGAGACACAAUAAACGAAGCCUUAAGUAAAAUUGUUUGUAAUGAUAACUGUAUUUUAUAUUACACACUUCAGCUUUGGAAAAACUCAUUUGUGUAUGUUUUAGUGCUUCAAAACAACCGCAUCUUGCUGUGCAUGAAUGGAUGUUUUUUAUUGACAGGCCUUAUUUAGUGUGUGACUGGCUCCACCAGUUGUUUUUUAGUUUAAAACAGUAUUAGAAAUAGGUGAAUUGAGGAAAGAUGGAUGAAAUGUUUCCUCCUAGCUGAUCUAAAACAACUGGACGUAGUGCAUGUUGCAGUAUGAAUAAAUUUCACUGGUUGCCUUAUUGUGUUCGUCGAUGAGCACAGCGGUGCUGUUUUCCAGUGCUGUGCUCAGAGACAAAUACCUAAGAGAUGAAGUUCUACUCAUUUUACUUGUGCCUGACUGUUUUAAUGAAUAUAAUUGCAAUAUUUAAGAGGAGAGAAGGAACACCUGUUUGGAACGACAUCAAAAAGAGAUUUUUGUGUUUUACCUUGUUUUUUUGUUUUUGUUUUCCCCCAGCAGAUUUAAACUCAUAUUUAUUUUAGCAGUAUUUUAUUACAGUAUUUAUCAAUAAUUUAUCGCUAAAAUAAAGUAGCAUUUAAUCACUUUUGUAUUUAAUCCUUUAGAAGAUCAUGUUUUUGUCUUACAGGAGUGAACAUUAGCAAUGUUGCAAUAGCAAGUUUUGGGAAUAAACUAGAGUAGCACAAAAGCUUGAAUGUAAGUUUAAUGCAGAGUAGAGACAAGUUUUUUUUUUUUUUUUUUUUUCAUUGUAAAAGAAAAUUUUUGGGUAUGGGCCUGUAUUUUGCAACCUUUUUUGAGGCCUGUUUUGCUUGUUUCCUGCUUCACAUUGUUCAUUUCCUGAUGAACUGACCUAAUUAUGGAGCAGAAGGCCAAAAUGUUUCUACUAUUAAUAAUUGUUAACUUAGCCUUUUGCUGCAUUUAAUAAAGUAAGCAAAAUCACUGUUUAGUUUGAAUACCAAUGUUCAUGUUUAAUUCUUGAAUAUUCUUCAAAAUUUGCUUUUGUGUUCCACAGAAGAAAGAAGGUCAUUCGCAUUUGGAACGUCAUGAGGGUGAGUACAUUUAUUGGCUUAAAAAAAAAAGUUGUUUUGGACAGUUUCUUACUUAAUCGUUAUUCCCUGGGUUGUUGUUCAGCUCUAAGGUUUAUUAACUCUAGCAAAGGACUGACACAUUUGCACAUUCAAAUAUUUGCAUUUCAUUAACAAUGUCGAGCGGCAGCUGAGAGCAAAGCCAUGUUUGCAAAGACAACAGGCGCAUUCACUCAGAGCUGCACAAUUCACUCGGCAGCAAUUAACCGCACAUUUUUGUUUUGAUUAAAAUUCGCCAUGCGCCCUUUGUAGUCCUUCGUACUUUGCAUGUUAUUGUUUUCUGAACACUUCCCUUGAGUUUUCUGUCUCUCUUGCUCGGUAUUAGCCCUGUCUGUGAACUUCAGCACUGCAUCUCCCUAUUGUGUCCUGAACACAACUUUAUGCUGAAUAGCUGCAUUAAAAAAAAAAAGAAAGAAA